UGGUCUACAUACCUGUCAAAUAGGAAGACUUCGGGGAAAGGAAAAAGAAAAAGAAAAGAGGCGUGUCCCUGAUGAGCAGAUGAAAAUAUGUGAAACAGAAAGGAAACCGAAACAAAAAACAAAACUCAAAAGCACCCUGACCUGAGCUGUGUUUCUAUCCGCAGACUUCCACAAUGUUCAGCGAGACAGAUUGGGAGGAUUAUGAGGAAGACGCCACAUAUUUACAACCAAGAAAUGUACCAGUGUCGAGCUUUAGUGAGACAGAUUUGGCAGAUUUGGUCGAUUUGAACAGAUUUCAGGAAGACGACGACAUAGCGGUUCCUCAACAAAUGAAUGCUUCAGGAAACCACUAUGAGUGGCAGCUGUUUAACGGACAGCAAUGGUUGCAGAUAAAAAACGAUCAUAUAAUCGAGUGUAACUACUGCCAGCCAGGAGCAAAAGGCAUCACCAUUGAUACACACAUGGGGUCUCUUUAUAUUGACUUUGACUCCAUGACAUUAAGGGGGCCUUUUGCCAACCUCGCUGUACGGCGACUGUCAAAUCUGUCUCACAACCAGAGGGAAGUUAUGGGCUGGUAUUACAGAGACAACAGUUACUGGUGUGAAUACGGGGUACAGGGAUCGAGUUACAGGACAUCAUCAAUAAGCAGUCAGGACUUUGAGCAGCAGUAUAACGCCAACCCCACAGGCUCCUUCCAGUUUACAGUCGGAAGAUAUUCGUACAUCGUGAACUUCCCUGUCAUGAUGCAAACAAACUUGUCCACCCUCAAACAGAGGAAAGUGCGGAGGAGGCCAAAGUUUAACUCUACAGUCUAUGUAAACAACAGUCUGAAUACUUUUGAGCCAUCUACAUCCACCAUAAAUCCAUUUCCAUUUGCGACACCAUCUCUAAAUCCAUCCACAGCAGUCACCUGGCAGUUUAUGGGUGAUGAAGGCAUCUGGAGAGACUAUCAGAAACCAAAUUCCUCUCUGGAUAGUAUGGAUAUAGAGAGAGAGUAUCAGAGGAAUCCACAGGGCCAGAUUGCUUUGACAGCUGGACACUUCACUUACACACUCUAUUUUAAUGGAAUGUACCAGAUCAAUAAUACUUAUAAGACGAGAAGAGCUGUCCAGAGAAUCUGUGCAGAUGAGAACAGUAGCAGUACUCAGUGCCAAGUUCGCUGGCAGUUUAAAGAUAUUGAUGGCUACUGGAAAGACUUUGUUAAAGGUAAAGGGAGUGGGAACUGUACCAUGUCCAGUCAGGACCUUGAGCUGCAUUUCCAGCAGAACAGGACAGGGGCUGUAACAUACAGCACAAGGACGUUCAACUACCAGCUUGACUUCUCAGCAAUGACCCAGACAAACUUGGCCACCGGUACAAGGAGGCCAGUCCGUCGUGUCUAGCUUUAAGAGCUGGAUUUCAUCUCGCAUUUCUCAGGAUGUUUAUACAUUUUAAAACCUUCCGUGAUCAUCUGUAUCGUCCCAGCUGUUGUUUUGUAUAUCUAGAGUCUUAGCAGUUUUUCUACCUGAAUUGAACCCGAGUUUAAAGGGCUUGCUUGGGUAGGAAAGUUUUCAGGUUUGUGCAUUAAAAUAGGACCCGAAUUGAAACCAUCCAGUUUAUUUCCUUUCUUUAUCUUGUGCUUGAAGGAGUCUAAUUUGUACGUGUUUAUAUAGUAGCUUCUAUUAACCAAGAUCACGGCAGUCUUUUCCUGGACUGAAUCUUCAAGAAAAUUGUUUCUAAUAUUCAAAUGCUACGGAAGCCGCGAGAGGCCCUUCAUAUAAUCCUUUUUUUAUUCACCUUGUU